AUGCCUUGCCAAGCCGGACCUCUCCUUCUCUCCACAAGUCACAGCACUCCGGAGGCAUGCAGCACACCCCAGUCAUCCCAGCCGGGCCCUGCCAAACCCGGCAUCCCUCGACCCCGGGCGAAGCGCAGCCAAGUGGUUCGAGCCUGCGACUGGUGCCGGAAACAUCGAGUCAAGUGCGACAACCACUACCCGUGCUCCAAUUGCGCCAAUAGGGGAGGCGAGUGUAGCAAUGAGUCCAUGAAGACCGCUUCUCUUCCUUUGGCCCACCGCGAGAUUGACCGUCUUCGCCAGAAGGUCCAGGAGUUGGAGCUCGAACUCCGCCAGGAACGGGACGGCCGUGACAACCUGACACUCAACAGUCUGUCUCCCCCGGAGCUUAGUGUCAGCUCCGACAUGCAAUACACUCGCUCAUUGUCGGUGCCACUGUCGUUUCCGUCAUCAUCGUCGCGCACCAAAAACGCCUGGGGAGGCAUCCGCAUGAGCACGGCACGAUCUCCCCAUAAGACAUGGUACGGACCAUCGUCUCUGUUCUACUUCAUCGGCCGUAUCAACAACUUCCUGGACCGGACACUCCAACAACCUCACUCCCCAGAUCACAUGCUGCUCGACUCAUCUAGUAGACGCCUCGAUGAACCGACCGCGGCCCCUGAGGAACCCGAACCUUCGCACCAUCCUCGUGCAGAUCCCGUCGCAAAGGCGACCUACCUAAGCCCGACCCAAGAGGAAUAUUUUCUUGACCUCUACUGGCAGUCUUACCAUACCUCAUUAUUCCCCGUGCUCGACGAGGCAGCCUUCAAGGAGCACUACAGGUCCUUAUGGACCGCAUCGGGCAACACGCGAAAGCCGUCGGCCCUCGUCGACAUUGUAGUCGCCAUGUGCAUGCAGUAUGGCAUGUCCAUGUUGCCCGCCGUGAAGCAGCAGGCCUCCGUGGAUAACACCGACGCCGCCAUCGCCGGCCGAUGGCACUACCGCCGUUCCCAGACGUUGCUGGCACGAGAGCUGGAGAGUCCUACCGUGUCGACGCUGCAGUGCCACCUCUUGUGCUGCAUCUACUUGUGCUGUGGGUCCUUCCAGAACAUGGCCGACAGCGCUUGUGGCCUUGCCGUACGUGCCGCUUAUAUGCUCGGCCUCCACCUGGAACCCCCACAAACCAUGCCGCAGCGAGAGAGGGAGAUGCGGAAGCGUCUGUGGUGGGCACUGUACGUUCUGGACAGCAAGAUCGGCAUGAAGCUGGGCCGCCCGUUCCUGCUCCCGCACCUUUCCGAUGCCACGCCCUCUCUACCGGGCGAUGACCUUGAGACAGCCCUGCAAUCGGGAUCCCACUUCGCCCCUCUGGGAGACAACGUCACAUGGCUGAGCUUCAGUCUCCAGCAAUCGAAGCUGUUCGGGGCAGCCCGGACAGUGCAUACAGCCUUCUACGACCAGAGUCCCGACGUUGACGACGGGCAGACUAUAUGGGAUGACCAACGGGCGCUGGCGAACCACGCCGAGUUCAUCGGCCCCUACAUGAAGAUCCUGGACGAAUGGACCGCUGGCGUACCUGCUGCCCUGAAGACGAAGCGGCAGCACGAUGCCGUCCCGUUUUCGACCGACGGAGUGGUCCUCGACAUCGAACCAUUCGCGCCUCUCUGGCUCCAGCGGCAGCGCCUUCUCCUGGAGCUCAUGUACCACCACCUCUCCGUAAACCUUUACCGCCCCUUCAUCUCCUUCGGCCCGGGGAGCUCCACCGUCGUCGAGGAGGCCGCCAUGCAGUGCGCCCAGCACGCCAUGGCUGUGACCAAGAUCACGCACCAAGUCCUCUCGACCACCACGCUCCUGGCCGGCUGGCACGAGGCCUUCCAGCUGCAGUGGAACGCCGCCCUGACCCUCGUCGGCUUCGUGCUCGCACACCCCCGCGCCACUACCUCCGCCACUACGUCGAUCACAGCCGACGCCAGGCAAGCCAUGGACCUAUCCGUCGCCGUCUUCGACAUCUUCAGCGACAGCUUCCCUAUCGCCACCAGCGCCGCCAGGAUCAUGCGGGACCUCGGCGCCAAGGUCGACUUCCUCACCCAGCAGGGCCGCGAGAAAGCGGUCGAGCGGGUGAGUCACCCUGUGGCGGUAGUGUCAGCGAGCUCGGUCGUUCCUGGCAGUGCCUUGUCCAUGCCGGACAUGUCGGCUGCAGCGAAGACGUGGGAUGGCGCCCUAGACUUCGGUGACCUGAACGCUGCUUCCAUGCAGGAUGUUUUCAGUAUGGCCUUUGCUGUUGACGAGUGGAGUAACCUCGAUUCGUUAUGGCCGAGCAUGGACCGGACGAUUAUGCCGGAGCAGUAUGCUUUUGGGUAG